AUGGACUCCCCGCGACCAUCCCCUCGCCUGUCUCCUCGCUCACCUCAACACCAUGCUCGUGGACGACCCCGAGGCGGCAGAUUCAAUAGAACAAGUCCGACGAGAAGACAGAACACACCGCCAACACCAAACCAAGAGCAGUCUCAGACACCCAAUGCCUUUACUGCACAACCUUCCACAGAGUGGCAGACAUGGCCAGAGUUCAACGUCCGCUUGGACAACCUGCCCAUUGGCGUGACCACGAAACAUCUCUGGGAUUGGUUUUCCCAAGAGGGCGAAAUCGUCUACAUGGACAUCUUCGAGAAUCGACAUGCGAUGGGAACGAUGGCGGCCAAGAUCAGGUUCGAGCCGCCCCCGAAGCGAGACUUUUGGACACAGCGCACCUACUGCGUUGCCCAUCCGGACAGUCGUCGCUACCCAAACGGUCUCGCCAUCGCUGUUAUGCCGUGGAGAGCUGUCCCCGACCGUUGGAUUCAGAGUCCAGUUUGUCCAGACCGUCAGCAUCCUGUCAGGAUCAUUGUUCUUCCCCUUGCUAUUCAGUUUGGAAGCCUAGUCGGCCCUGACACCAUGAAGAUCAUGAAGUCCUUGUCCGCCACCAUUGGCGACACAAGCCUCAAGAUUGAACUUGACCUCAGGCGUAAAUGCCUGACAGCUUUUUUCCCAAUGGAGGUUGAAUAUCGAGGUAGCAGGCAAACUCGGCAAUACAAGUUUGUCGUCGAAUUCACCUCGUUGAAAGAGGUUCGUCAAACUUCCGAAGACGCCGGUAUUGCCCUUAUACUGCCUUUGAAGUGUGCCCCGAAAUACUACUGGAAAAACCCAGACCCUAGGUCAACGCUAUCGGACGCGGUCCCGAGUUGGGGGGCAUCUGAGGCAUGGUGUAGAGCAACGGAUAUUCUUGAGCAAAUUGGAAGCCCGUUGAAACACUCCGUUGCCUUGCACACAACUUACGAUGACCCGGGGUUUAUCGACAUUGGCCGCUGGACUGCCGUUCGGUUUGUUCUUGGCGGGAAAUCGGACGAAGUCGCCAUUGUCAACCGACAGCUUACGAGCGCCCUCGAAGAUUUCAACAUCGUCAGCCAGGCCAGCAGCGAUUUCCAGGCGAUCCCUGGCGAGAAGCCGGAGCUAUGGAGCCAUCUUGAGCACCCUCCAAUGGUGGAGGACGGAAAUGCUCUGCAUCUCCUCGGGCUGUCGGCGGGUCCUGCGACGCAGGUGCCCUUUGAAGUUCGCUAUCAGCUUGAGGUUUGCAUCUCACGCGGAAUCCUCAAUGAGCAUUGCAUUACGGUUGAGUUCCUGAAGGAGUUGGCCGGCAUGGACGCUACAAAGGCAAGGCUGAUCCUCGAAUACUUGGCCGACCAGGGUGAAUCGGUCCAAGAUCCGAUGAGUGUUUUCAAGAAUCCAGAUGCGCUUGCUUAUUUCCCCAGCGUCAAAGUCCCCCACUACUGUGCUCUCAUGAGAAAGGCCGUAGUCACACCAACCACGAUCCGCUUCAACACGCCAACUGUGGAGAUGUCAAACCGCGUCUUGCGCAGAUAUAACAACAUCCACGAUCGCUUCUUGAGAAUCCAAUUUAUGGACGAGCAAGAAAGUGGCCGAAUCACGGUUAACAAGGACCAGAACGAGGAUAUUUGGAAACGGCUGUUGCGGACGCUUUUCCAGGGUAUUCGGAUUGGUGACCGAGUGUACGAGUUCCUUGCAUUUGGCAGUUCUCAGCUCAGACAGUGCGGCGCAUACUUCUUCUGCCCAACAGACCACGUCUCGUGUGACGAUAUUCGCAAGUGGAUGGGCCAAUUUGAUCACAUCAAGAUCAUUGCCAAGUACUCUGCGCGACUGGGCCAGUGCUUGUCGACCACCAGAGAGGUCAGAGGCAUCUCCGUUCCUUCUAUCCAACCCAUUGAAGACAUCGAGAGAAACGGAUACUGCUUCACCGAUGGAGUCGGCAAGAUCUCUCCAUUCAUUGCUCAAAUGGUCAUAGAGGACGUUGGCCUCGACGUCUUUGACCAGCCGUCGGCAUUCCAGUUCCGCAUGGGCGGCUGCAAAGGCGUUCUCACCGUGUGGCCAGAUGCAAAGGGUACAGAGGUUCACGUGCGCGAAUCACAGGAGAAAUUCAAGGCGGAAUACAACGGGCUCGAGAUUAUUCGCUGCGCCAAGUUUGCUACCGCUACUCUCAACAGGCAGACAAUUACCAUUCUCGAGAGCCUCGGCGUGCCUAUCUCAGCCUUCAAGAACUUGCUCGACCAUCAACUACACACCUACGAGCUGGCUAUGAAAGACAAUAAAAGAGCUAUUGAUCUGCUGAGGAAGUUUGUCGACGAGAACCAGACAACGCUUGCCAUUGCCGAGAUGAUCGAAGCAGACUUCAAGACCAACGAGACCCAGGAGCCGUUUGUUGUCAACGUCCUCAACCUAUGGCGAUCGUGGUCCCUCAAGUUGCUCAAAGAGAAGGCGAGGAUCCAAGUUGAGAAAAGCGCGUUUGUGCUCGGGUGUGUGGACGAGACGAAAACGCUCAGGGGACAUUCAUCCGCCACCGAGGGCUCCAAGGACAAGGACAUAAAUAAACUACCCCAGAUCUUUCUCCAGAUCACCAACUCCAAGGACUACAACAAGACGCGAGUCAUCAAGGGCGUGUGCCUUGUUGGCCGCAACCCGUCACUGCACCCGGGUGACAUCCGCAUCGUCGAGGCCGUGGACGAGCCGAAGUUGCAUCAUCUCAAGGAUGUCGUGGUCUUCCCAGCCACGGGAGAUCGUCCGGUUCCCAACAUGCUGUCUGGCGGCGACCUUGACGGCGAUGACUUCUUCGUCAUGUGGGAGUCUAGCCUUAUGCCGCGGAUUUGGAACUACCCACCAAUGGACUACGCAGGCCCCAAGCCUCAACAGUUGGACCGAGAUGUCAAUGUCAAUGACCUCCGAAACUUCUUCGUCAUGUAUAUGAAGAACGAUGUGUUGCCGCUGAUUGCGUUUGCGCAUCUAGCUACCGCAGACAAAUAUGGGCCAAUGUCAAAGAAAUGCCUCGAGUUGGCAGAUCUCCAUUCCAAGGCAGUCGACUACCCCAAGACUGGGGAGCCGGCUAUCUUGAGACGAGACCAACACACCAAGCAAUGGCCACAUUUCAUGGAAAAGCAGAAUUCGUAUCGUUCAAGAAAGGCACUCGGAGUCAUAUACGACAAAGUCAUCAACAAAUCGAUCCAGUUCAACCCCAUCUGGGGUAACCCGUUCGACCAGCGGAUCAUCAAGCACAAGACACUCACACCUGGAAGCGACAUGCUCGAGGCCGCUAGACAAAUCAAGUCACAAUACGAUGUCUCUGUGCGUCGGAUUCUCAACCAGCAUGAUCUCAAGACCGAAUUUGAGCUUUGGACGGCGUUUGCCAUGUCCAAGGGUCCGAUUGGAUCCGACUACAAGCGCCAAGAAGAGCUAGGGCGAGAGUAUGACGCGUUAAAGCAUCGGUUCCGUGAUAUGUGUUACGGGGCUGCAGGCGGAAAGCAUACGGGGCUGAUCGACUGCUUUGUUGUGGCCAUGUACAUUGUUACCGAGGAGGAGACUAAAGCUGCACUAUCCGAACUCAACCAAGAAUCGAUCGACAACAUGAGCGACGCCCUGCAGCCGGAUGAACUAGAAUCGAAAGCGAUGCCGCUAAUCAGCUUCCCCUGGAUCUUUCAUUGGGUCCUCAUCCGGCUCGUAGGAAGCGAUAGCACUAAGGAAUCGAGUCAAGUGGCGGAUGGUCAGGCGAGACACCAGCCCUUGCAACCACUCGGGGACAAGAAAUCGGAUAGUGCCCGCGCUGAUCACAAGGCCGGCGCAGGAGAGGCGGCGCGGACCGAUCUUGGAUCUAAAGACCACGUCAACUUGCCAGACGGGAUUGUCAUCGAACGUGGUCAACCGCUGACGCUCUUUGACCUCCCAGAAGCGGCAUCCCUCAGGUCUCCUUCUCUCGAUACGGACGAAGGAAAGGCUUCAAUGAGACAAAGCCAGCAACCGGGGUUGAAUCACAAUGGUGGCAAUGACGAUGGCAGUGGCGGGGAGGUCAAUGCUGCCGCCAGGGAAACAGGGUGUGAUGCGGCGCAAGAGGAGAGCGCCAUGGAUCGUCUCGCUCGCCUCGUUGAUUGCGGGGGGGAGUGA